ACAAAGUAAACACGUGUUGUUAUUUAUUACAAAUAAAAAUUAAUUUAAAUUGUUGUAGUUAUUGGAUAAGAAGAAUGAAGACAGUACAAAGAUCAAGUAACAAGAUUUAAAUACAAUAAUUAAUAAAUGUUAAAAGAAGUAAUAAAUAUUAAAAAGUAGAAAAUGGAGAAAAUAUUAGAAGUACGGAAUAUGUUCGAGGCAAAGAUUAAACAAGGAAUACCAAAUCCUCCAGGAGAAUUUGACCAUAGAGAUUUAGAAAGAGUAAAUUCGGAUAAAUAUAUAAAAAGAAUAUUAGAUCAUUGUGAAAAUAAUGUUAAAUCAGCUACAAAAAUGCUAUGGGAUAUAUUAAUAUGGAGGAAACAAAAUAAUGUUUAUAAUAUUAAAGAACAAGUUAAUAUUGAUUGUUUAAAAUCGGGGAUAUUUUUCCCGCAUGGAAGAGAUAAAGACGGAUCACUUUUAUUUAUAACUAAAUGGAAAUUGUACAAUAAAGGACAAAUGAAUACAGAAGAAUUAAAGAAAGUAAUAAUUUACUGGUUAGAAAGAAUGGAAAAGAAGGAAGAUGGUCACCCAAUUUCUUUAUUUCUAGAUAUGAAUGAAUGCGGUGUACGGAAUAUGGAUAUUGAUUUGGUGAUGUAUUUAGUAUCCCUUUUGAAGAAUUAUUAUCCGAUGUUUGUUAAUUAUAGUAUUAUAUUUCAAAUGCCUUGGAUAAUGUCGGCUGGAUUCAAAUUAAUUAAAGGUCUAUUUCCAGCGAAAGCUGUUGAGAGAUUUCGUUUUACGACUAAAGAUAGUUUAAAAGAUUUGGUUGCACCAGACCAAGCUUUAGUUUGUUGGGGAGGAAAUGAUCCAUAUGUUUUUGAGUUUGUACCAGAUGAUGCAGAAUAAAAGGAUUGUAGGUUAUAAAUGUUUUCAGAUAUCUUGGCGGCUCUUAAUUUCGUGCGAGUUCGUAGUGGGAUGCGGGGGGGAGGGCACUGCGUAGCGAACCGGUGAAUUUGUGCCGCCAAGAUAUUUCAAAAGACUUAUACCAACCGUUUAACCCGAAUUC